GAGCAAAAAGAAUAAACUGAAACAAAGAAGAUGAACAAGAACAAGAUGGAUGUUAAGAUCGAGACGAAGAAAGGGUCGAUGGAUGAGUGGCCUGAGCCAAUCGUCCGAGUCCAGUCCUUAGCCGAGAGCAACCUCUCCUCUCUCCCCGACCGCUACAUCAAACCAGCGUCUCUACGCCCCACCACGACCGAAGACGCUCCUGCCGCGGCCAACAUCCCAAUCAUAGACCUUGAAGGACUCUUCUCGGAAGAAGGGUUGUCUGAUGACGUCAUCAUGGCUCGGAUAUCGGAUGCUUGCCGUGGGUGGGGGUUCUUCCAGGUGGUGAACCACGGGGUCAAACCGGAGCUGAUGGACGCGGCUAGAGAGAAUUGGAGAGAGUUUUUCCAUUUGCCGGUUAAUGCAAAAGAGACUUACUCGAACUCACCAAGAACCUACGAAGGCUAUGGAAGUAGACUAGGUGUUGAGAAAGGAGCAAGUCUCGAUUGGAGUGAUUAUUACUUUCUUCAUCUUCUUCCUCAUCAUUUGAAAGACUUCAACAAGUGGCCUUCUUUUCCUCCCACCAUAAGAGAAGUGAUCGAUGAAUACGGCGAAGAGCUAGUGAAGCUGAGUGGGAGAAUCAUGAGGGUAUUAUCGACAAAUUUGGGACUAAAAGAGGAUAAGUUUCAAGAAGCAUUUGGAGGUGAAAACAUAGGGGCCUGUUUAAGGGUUAAUUAUUACCCAAAAUGCCCUCGACCGGAACUGGCUCUUGGUCUCUCUCCACACUCUGAUCCUGGCGGUAUGACCAUUCUCUUACCGGACGAUCAAGUCUUCGGUCUCCAGGUUCGUAAAGAUGACACGUGGAUCACCGUCAAGCCUCAUCCCCAUGCUUUCAUCGUCAAUAUUGGUGAUCAAAUACAGAUACUAAGCAACUCAACAUACAAGAGUGUGGAGCAUAGAGUGAUAGUGAACUCGAACAAAGAGAGAGUUUCACUUGCCUUCUUCUACAACCCUAAAAGCGAUAUUCCGAUCCAACCGUUACAAGAACUUGUAUCAACUCAUAAUCCUCCUUUAUAUCCUCCCAUGACCUUUGAUCAGUAUAGACUCUUUAUCAGAACUCAAGGUCCACAAGGCAAAUCCCAUGUUGAAUCUCAUAUUUCUCCUCGUUGAUUGUUUUUUUUCUUCUUCUUCUUCCCGUAAAGAAAAAUUAAUGUUUUGU